ACGCUGUGUGAAACGAGUGCGCUCUGUCACCGGUAGAAACUCUUAUGCCUUGUUUCAGAAGGAAGUCAGACAUAGCGUUAGCUGCGGGCUUUGAGGAAGUACCAACGCUUUUCUGAUCUCAAAUGGCUUCCCCAGGGCAAAGCGUCGAGUCCAUACACCAAUGGAUUUUUGAGAAUGGAGACAAGAGGACCGACCCUUGGCUGCUGGUCUACUCUCCAAUGCCUGUGGUCUAUAUAUUCCUGAUCUAUCUCGGAGUGGUCUGGGCCGGGCCCAAGCUGAUGAAGCACAGGGAACCGCUUGACCUCAAACCGCUGCUCAUUGUCUACAAUUUCACCAUGGUCUGCAUGUCAGUCUACAUGUUUCACGAGUUUCUGGUGACAUCUCUGCUGUCUAACUACAGUUACCUGUGUCAGCCAGUGGAUUACAGUACAAGUCCACUUGCAAUGAGGAUGGCCAAAGCUUGCUGGUUGUUUUUCUUCUCGAAGGUUAUAGAACUGGCUGACACGGUGUUCUUCAUCUUGAGAAAGAAGAACAAUCAGUUGACCUUCCUGCAUGUUUAUCACCAUGGUACCAUGAUCUUCAACUGGUGGGCUGGUGUCAAGUAUCUGGCUGGAGGCCAAUCCUUCUUCAUCGGUCUCCUCAACACCUUUGUCCAUUCUGUGAUGUACUCCUACUAUGGGCUGGCUGCACUUGGGCCUCACAUGCAGAAGUACUUAUGGUGGAAACGUUAUCUAACCUCACUCCAGCUGGUCCAGUUUCUGCUGGUGUCUGCUCAUACAGGCUACAACCUCUUCACUGACUGUGACUUUUCCAAAGCCAUGAACGCCUAUGUCUUUACAUACUGUAUCAGUCUCAUUGCUCUCUUCAGCAACUUCUACUACCAGAGUUACCUCAACACCAAGGCCAAGAAGAUGUAGAUGGUAUGGACAAUUAUGCACUUAGUGUCUCACUGUACCGGAAUUCAGUUUGCUGGUAAUUUAAACCUUUUGUAACCAAUUGUCUAGAGACUGUUUUUGUGAAGCCUCCUACCAAACGCCUCUGUGGCAGCGUUUCCUAAACCAGAUCCUGGGGACUAAGUUAAUGUACCCAAGCUCUACAAAGCUGACUUGAAUAAUUGUAUCUGUAUAAUGACUUUGAGAUAUUAUAUUUGAAUCAGUUGUGUGGGCAAAAAACAAAUGGUAUACACCUUGAUGACUCCAGGACCGGGUUUGGGAAACGCUCACUAUUACAUCUGGCUGUGAAACUAUGAAAACAGCUUUGGUCCGUUGUAAGGAUGUAGACUGGGAUGUGUAUUUCUGUUUGGCACCUAUACGAGAGCCCCUUUAGAUUUGAGAUGAGCUGCCCUAACAUAACUCCUCUUCAACCGUGUUGGCAUCGGUGUGUUGUCGGGGUCGGUUGAUCUGACGCCACCUGGUGGCCAACCAUUGUCAAUUCCUUGCCUGAAAAUAUUCACUGAAUAUGUGGAACCUCUCCAACUUGUCCAAUACGGAAAUUGUGCUCCUCUAAAACAGUCUUGUGUGUUGUGAAUUUUGCCAUUUCAAUGAUUGCAAAUUGUUGAUCAAAUGUCCGGAGAUGCAAGAGUAUAUUUUUGAAGAAAAUGUUAAAAUUUCUGAGGCUUAUAGUCACUAAAAUGUUAAUAAUUUAAGCAUCGUCAGAUGUUAAUGGGGGUGAACAAAGCAUUUUAAUAUGCUUCAUAUGCUAUAAUUUUUUUAUUAUCAGUAAAAAUGAAAAAUUCAUAUUUCAAAGUUUAGCUCUCUUAUUAAACAUGUUUCCGCGAUAAAGGAACAUUUCACUAUUUUUUCAACUUGAUGUUAGUAACUCACCUUGUAAGCAGUCAGUGGGCUAGGAUGAACUUUAUUUACAAUCUUUAAACAGCAAUUACAAACAUCUGCUAACUCUAGCCAGCAAAAUAAAUCUAUGAAAGUAAUGGUGGUGCGAGGACGUUUUAUUUUAUGUUCAAAUCACAUCAGUUACAUGAAACAAAAUAUGCAGUUUUCUUGUGAUUGGGAGAUUCUCUUUUAUUUUGUUAACCAUCUUCACACCAUUGAGUUUUAGCUGGUAGUUGCUCAAGUUAGUAAAAUAGCUAUUUAAAGAAAAUGUAAUUGCAGUUCAUCCUAUCUCAUAGAAUAUUUACAGGAUGAGGAAACCAUUGUGAAAUAGCUAAAUGCUCUUUUAAUUGCCUGUUGCCCCUAAAGAUAACAUGCUGCUAUAUAUUUAUACAUAAUGGACAACCAAAAAGAGUUUGUAAUAUUGCAGCUAGUCUUUGCCUGAUAUGCAGUGCAUUUUCACACUUUAGUUAAUGAAAAUGUUCUCAAGUUUUGUUUGUGUUUUCAUAUUAAUGUAUAUUUUGACGUGUUUACAACACUUUACACUCAAGCUGUCUCUAUGUAUUUAUUUCUUAUUUUUACAAUGUAUGUAUAAUGACACUAUGAUAAAAGAGAAAUACAUAUAUAGUUGGGAAUCAUAAAUGAGUUGGGCUUACUAGCAAAUGUUUAGAUUUAAUCCAAGCUGAAAUACGUGUUUGUUUUCAGACCUUUCUGCUCAGUGUUGCAUAUUGGCUUCAUUGCAUAAAUAUUCCUACGAAUGUUGAUUUUAAAAAUGUGUAUAUAUGUUUUACCAGAAAUGUUAUUUCAGGUCACCUUGGGUUGUCCUAAUCGCUAGUUAUCUACGGGUUCAGUCAAUGUAUCUCAAGUCUGUAUAGGGCCCUGAACUACUUAAGUAAACAUGUUAGAGGAGCUGUUUCACAGGUUCUCAAACAGCAACAUUCCUUCCCUGAUGUUACAGUUAAACAGGGUUUCUAGGCCUCCUUGCUGUAUUUGAGUGUCCACCAGGGGGCAGAGUCUGUCCAUGUCUGCUGCUCCCUGUGGCCUUUUCUUACGUUGCUCAUUUUCACCUCCUCUCUCUUUGUUUCCUUCUCAAAACCCAUUGGUUGAGAAAGCCAGUGGUCCCUCCCCUCUGACCUUAUCCUCCAAUAGGUUUUCAGACAGGCAAGGAGAAGACAAUUUGAGAAAAGGCUCAUUUGUAAAGUCGUAACUGUUCUACACUUGAUUUGAUCUGCAUCUUCAUAUUGUGUAUAUUUUGUGGCACUGCUGUUUUUAUAUUGGGCACAAAUUAAUAUUAGAGUGGAUGUUAUUUGAAACUUGUGGAAAGCCAAGAAUCCUUAUGCCCUUGUCGUGUGUGUGUGUGUGUGUGUGUGUGUGUGUGUGUGUGUGUGUGUGUGUGUGUGUGUGCAUGCAUGCAUGCAUGCGCGUUAACACCUAGCAAAAUGUGUAGGAAGAAGUACCUGCACACUGUUUUACUCAUACUGUUUCUCCCAUCAUUAAAAUAGUUAUUUCCUUUGUCUAUGACUUAAGAAAUGACCCCA